UUGGGUUAGCUGUAAAUUCCGAAUGUAUCGUCUUUUAAGUUUCUCAAAAUAUAGGCGGGUGACGUCUCCGCGUUUUAUGUCCUCGGCUGGAAAUCUAGAAGGAAGAGUGGCAAUUGUUGCUGCAGGAACGGAUGGUACAGGACUUGCAAUUGCCAAACGAUUGGGACAGAAUGGAGCUCAUGUCGUUGUUAGUAGCCGAAAGCAGAAAAAUAUUGAUCGCGCAGUUGAUGAAUUGAAUUCAAUUGGAGUAAAGGUUUUAGGAAUACAGUGUGACGUUGCUGAUUCUGAGCAAAGAAAAAAUUUGAUAGAAAAGACAAUGAAAGACUUGGGUUCCAUAAAUAUUCUUGUUCAAAAUGCUGGAGUCAAUCCCCAUCUUUUUAACAUUAUGGAAACUCCAGGAAGCGUUCUUGACAAAAUAUACGGCCUUCAUAUCAAAGCAAACUUUCAGUUCGUACAAGAAAUAUUUCCUCAUAUGGCCAAAAGUGAGCACCAAGGUUCUAUAAUAUUAACGUCAACCAUUGUUGGUUAUACAUCUCAACAUAUACCAGGAGCUUAUGCAAUCACCAAAGCAUCGAUCAGUGCCAUGGUUCGUGCCUUCAUGGCAGAACUAAUGAAUCAAAACAUACGAAUAAAUUGUCUCUCAUUUGGUGGAAUUGAUACUUUGUUUUUUCAAAAAGUUCAACAGAACCAAUCUUUAAGAGAAAAUCUUUUGAGUUUAAUCCCGAUGAAACGUUUUGGAAACGCUGACGAAUGCGCCGGACUCGCGGCAUAUUUAGCUUCAGACGAUGCUAGUUACGUCACAGGGGAAAAUUUCCUAAUAUCUGGAGGAUGGUAUAGCAGACCAUAGGAGCCAAUAAAUGAGAAAAGAAAUCAUAUCAUAACGAACGCAAUGUACUAUCAAACGAUUUUAUUCAAGAGUAUUCAGUUGCAAAUAGAAUUCGACGUUACCCAACUCGGAGCAGUGAAGGGAAUUGGAACGCUAUUCAGAACGUGUAACGAUGAAUCUUUGAAUACUUAGGCUGGUCACGUGAAUCUUAUAUCGUGGUUGAUUACUUAUGUAAGGCACAUCUGUUUCAAGUGUAUGAAGCUGUAUACAGAUUAAUCUCUCUAAUGAAUCAUGACGUCAUGAGCCAUUAUUUUAUGACAUUUCCAAUAUAUUCAUCCCAUAAAAAACUAUCAUACGUAUAAUCUUUUAAUGUGAUAUAAAACAAUCAAAUGUGCUUGAUUUAGGAAUAUUCACGUCUUUUGUCUUCGAUAUGUUGAUAACUUGCGAAUGACAUUUUUUAUUAUAUGGUCAAGAUAUACAUGUCUUUUAUUUAUGUUUAAGUUUAGACUGGACCUACUGACUCAGGUACUUAUCGUCGUUGACCAGUUGGGUCAGAUUUGAUAGCGCUGCUGGGCCCUAGCCCAAAUAUGCGAGCCCGGCUCUACUUUAUUCAAUAAUCAUGCAAUAGAUCAAAUGUUGUAAAUUUUUUUCUAUUUUAGUGUUUUGAUAUUUAAUACGUCACACAAUACAUGAACGUAUUUUAAUUGCAUCGAAAUGAAUUUGAUUGGACCCGAUAACACAUAUAAGACAUACCAAUGGUUAGACAUUUCUUCAUCUUAUUUGAUACUUGCAACCAAUAACGCAACUUUAUAUUUAAUUUUUAAAUCAUUGUGCAUAAAUGCCAAUCUUUCAUAUAGAUGGGUAAUAAUUAGCAAACGGAUGAAUGAAUAUUUUUUUUAAUUAAUUUUGAAAGGGAUAUAUAAUUGUUUUGUUUUCAGAUACUCAUUCUCACUAUUUGGUAAUAAAUAUCUAUAUUUCUUUUUUCGAAA